AUGGCGGGCAUGUUCAAGAACGUGUUUGGCUCCAGCGGAGCCAAACCUGAUGAUGAUUUCGCCGACUUCGUGGAAGCUCCGAACCCGUCACCUGCGUCCCUCCUCGCCGAUACGACCACCGUGCCAGCAGCCAACACCCUGGGCGCCAAUGCUCCCUACACAGCAUGGUACCGUGUGUGGGAGCGGACAUCUCUGAGCGACUUCAAGCAGGAGGGCAUGAUCAUGCCGGUCAUCCUCUUGAUCGUCCUCUUCCAUCUCUGGGGCGCGCGCAAGAACCGCAGCAAGGCUAAGGCGUGGGCUCAAGCCCAUGGCCCUGCCCUUCAGAAGGAGUUUGCCGUCGUCGGCUUCGAUGGCAUCGCCCGACAGGCCCCUGAGGAUGACGAGAACGUUACCGUGGAGUUGACCAACCCUGAAUCGCUGCUGAAGGAGAAGUCAGCCUGCGAGUUCGCCGCGUAUGCCACCGGUCGUCAGAACGUGGCGUUCCUCGAUGUCAACCUCAAGAUGCCUAAGCAGCUGGGAGCCCCCGUUGAGAAAUACGAGGCUCUGCUGUAUGCUUUCGAUGGCAAGGAGAAGGACCUGGUUCCCGUGCUUAACAAGGAGUCUACUCCUGUCAAGGUCCCUAGCUCAACCUACGAUGGAUUUAUCUGGGCUGUUGUUCACAAGAGCCACAUGCGCAAGUUCCGCAAUGACCGUUACGAUGCUUCCAUCACCUUCUCCAAGGAUAACCCCAAGCUCCCCUCGUGGGUUACCGUCAUGUCCGAGAAUGCUGAGAUCAGCGACACUCUCCUCACCCCGGAGUUGAUCCAGGCUAUUGAACAGGCUGGUAACGACUUUGAGUUCCUGAUCGUGACUGACCAGCCCAUUGACAAGCCCAUGAAGAUCGAGGAGACCGUUCCCAAGAAGCGCAUUCAGCUCUCCGCUAACCUCGCCUCCUCCGCCUCCGGCUACUCCACCACCCUCCCUCUGUUCAACCAGUUCCUUCGCUUAGCUGAUAAGCUUGUUGCCUCCGCCCACUUCCGUACCGAGGUGAUGCGCAAGAUCCGCAACGUUCGUGAGGAGGAGAUCAAGAAGCUGCGCCGUGUUGAGGAAGAAGAGAAGGCCGAGGAGCGCCGCAUCGCCGCCGAGAAGGUCAAGAAGGAAGAGCGUGAGCGUAUCCUGCGUGGCUUGAGCGCUGACGAGCAACGCAAGUUCCUGGACCGUGAGGCUCAGAAGGGACAGAGACGUUCCAUGAAGAAGAGCACUCGUAAGGGCUAA